AUGCCAUCUUUACUCGAAAUGCCUGAAAAUGUGAUGCUGAAAAUCACGGAAGCAGUUGGAUUCCCGUCGAUUCUUACGCUUCGGAAAACCUGUCACGACUACCGUAACUUCAUUGAUGACAAGACUCCAAAUAUCAAUUUAACCGGUAUCUUCAUCCAUGUCCAUCCCAAAAGAAUGUACUUGUAUUACGAAAUAUCUGGGACAGUAAAGACAUUGAUACUUUACAACAACCACCCGGAUGGAUGUGUGAUCAAUCAUAAAUCUCAUGAAAUGUUUCUGCGAAACGAAGAUUUCACAUCGUUAUUCCUUAAAGACUUCGAACUUUUUAUCAAGCAUCAAAAGUCAGUACUCGAACAAUUUCAUUUCUAUUCUGGAUGUCUGACAAACGAAGAAGAGUUUCAUCAAUUUAUUUCUCCAAUACUUGACAAAACCAUGAAGAUUCUGAAAUCCCGGCCACGCCCACUGAAAGUCAAAGAAUUCACAAUGAGCGCUUUCCGACAGGAGCAUGUUAUGUCGAUUCUACCCUAUCUAGAUGCUAAUCUCCUGACGAAUAUUUCAAUGGGGCAUACAGACUAUGGAGCUUUCGAAAAUAAUGAAACAGUAAUGAAGCUCAAUGAAAUUAUGGAGUUACCUCAAUGGAGAAAUGCCACAAGUCUCGACAUAUCUCAUUUGUAUGUCACGGAGCCAAACCAAGCAUUUUACGGGUUUACGAAAGUUGCGAUAUGGAAGAAAUCAGUGUCUGGGAAUGACUUGCUUUUUGUCAAAGAAAAAUUCCUGUCACCCAAUAACCAGACCGAGGAGUUCAGUAUCAGCUACAAAGACUUCGUCGAUAGUCGAAUAUUAGGAGACUGCAUCACAGCUGAAUGUGGCAAUCAAGAUUGGUACUACCGGACCGAUAACAAUGAAAAAAUAUUGACGAUUUCCAAAAUUAACUGGUCUAAGAUGCUUGUUGUAAGAUUUAUCGGGAGAUUGGAUGUUCCGGAGAGUGCAGUUGUGUUGGCUUAG